AUACAGUGCAAGUGUCUCAUAAUUGAAAUGAUUUGAAUAUCAUCAGUUGAUUUUGAACAAGUGAACACAUACACCAGCUUUGGCUGGGUAGCGAUGCGGCUAUAACACGUUGGAUGGUCGCUUCGAUUAAUCAUUGCCUCAGCGACAGCAAAUAAGUUACAUUACUGAGGAAAGACUGACAAAUGUAAAAGAAAAAUAAUUAAACGAAAGAAAUAGGGAAAGCGAUUACUGUCAUAUUGUGUAGUUUUGUGAGUGUGGGAUUGUGCUAUGUCGAAUUCCAAAUUCAUUUGUAUCCAUCCAUAAUAUGUGUCAGUCUUUUACAAAAGCCCUUUUGUGUAUGUGCCUGGAGAGAGCUGUUUCCAAAUUUUGUUUAGCUCAGGCAGGCGUGUGUCAAUUGGUGGGCGGGGGUGACAGAAUGUAAGAGCGAGACUGGCUGUGGUUCUGAAUGGACUGCAGUGUGUGUGACUGGGCCUCAAGUCUGUGCACAGUCGACAAAAUGCUCUCCGCUGUUGCAGCACGCUUUCUCUUCUCUCUCAUCAUGGUCAAUCUAAUCCCUAUUACUCCUCUUGUGGAGGAGAGACCUCUCCACGCUGCUGAUGUUGCUUUUCGGGUGCCUCAGGGCAAGACCAGAAAGCGGGUUUUCCCUGUGCGCCACACCGAGAAACCCAACCCCAUAUCUGAAGUCUAUGGCUACUGCAACACCCCCAGUCAUACUGAACAAGCCUGGGAAGGUCACAGUCCAGCAGACUAUAAGCUGCUGGCUGUUCAUGUGAUGAUUCGCCAUGGGGACCGUUACCCUCUCUACGCCAUACCCAAGACCAAACGCCCAGCCAUCAACUGCACCCUGUCCGUUAGCAGAAAUCCGUCACACCCUCUGCUGGGAUCCUUCAUAAAUCAUAUGGGCAAGGGAAACCUUGGACACUGGGAGUCCCCUUUGACCUCCCUCCCUCGUCUACCCAACCACAAUCGCUGUGAGAUGGGAGAGCUCACACAAACUGGUGUGGUGCAGCACCUACGUAAUGGGAAACUCCUUCGCCAAGCCUACCAGCCUCACAGCCUUGUUCCCUCCGACUGGUCACCUCAACAGGUAUGGGUGGAGACCACAGGAAAGAGCCGCACACUUCAGAGUGGACUGGCGUUCCUCUUUGGUUUCCUCCCUGAUUUCAAUUGGAAGAAGCUGACUGUACAUCACCAGGGGAGUACCUUGUUCUGUGGCUCUGCUUGCGAUUGCCCUGCCAGGAACCGAUAUCUUGAAGAGGAGCAGAAGAGACAAUAUCGUCUCCGAGUGGCCAAUGGAGAACUAGAAAGAAAUUACAUCGACAUGGCACGCACGUUAGAUAUUCCAACCCGUAACCUCCGAGCCGCAAACCCAAUCGACUCUCUGCUGUGCCACUUGUGCCACGGUCUUCCUUUUCCAUGCGUUGCCAGGAAAGAUGGUAGCACAGGGGAGUGUCUAACAAUGGCGCAGUUUGCUGUGAUUCGUCAACAACAGCUCAAUGAUGAAAUAGAUCGGAGAAGAGUGGGACUGUAUCGUAAAUAUGCACUCCUGGCAAUGUACCCCUACCUCAACCGAACCGCUACCAAAAUGGAACGAGUCGCCAAGGCUGCUGCGAGUAGCCGGCCGCCAAGAGCGGGAGGCAAAGAGGUGUUCACUCUUUCCUCAGCUCAUGACGUAACUGUGGCACCUUUGCUUAGUGCCUUGGGAUUGGAGGAGGCCAAGUUCCCACCUUUUGCAGCAAGAUUGGUAUUUGAAUUGUGGAAAAGCCCCGCAGGGACUCCGCAACAGCAGGAGCAGAAAGCUGGCAAAGGUGAGAGGCCAAAAGCAAGAGAUGGAGGAUGUUUUAUCAGGGUGUUGUACAAUGGAGAGGAUGUAACAAGUAACACCACAUUUUGUAGCUCCAUUGAGCGAAAUUCCAGUCAUCCCCUCUGCCCUCUGAAGAAGUUUCUUGCUUUUGUCAGGAAAGACAUGUUCAGUCUUGUCAAUGCUACUUCCUACCAUGAGGCCUGUUAUGGUCAUACGGGUUAACACAGGGUAAAACAAUGAAUUAGCUUCUUGUUUUUUUCCACUUGUAAUGGGAAAAGCAAAAAUGUAAUGUUUUAGUAUUGCACAGAUAGAAUUCCAUUUAUUUAAAAAAAAAAAAACACUGAAAAAACUUGCUAACAUUCCAGAGGAAACACACAUCUAGCACUAUAAUUGAUCAAAUGUUUGUUGAAGUUUUUAACAUUUACAUAAAGUCAAACUGACAACUAUAUGCAUUUUUAGCAAUGGCAUUGUUAGGAAGAUCUGAUAAGAAUAAUGAGGAUGGGUUCUUUACUUUAGCAAUAAAAUUCCUCACAAUUCUGUCACAAACAUUUGUAAAAUGUAGCACUAUGACACUUUAUUCUUACAUUCCAGACAGAAACACAAAGAAAUUGUAAUUCUAAAAUGUUUCUAAAUGCUUGAAAAGGGGAACAUUUAGUACUGAUACUGUAUGCUGGAUUUCUCAUUUCUAGAAUUUUUCUGUGUUUAUAAUUCAGUGCAUUUUUUGUAUAAAUCAAUUAGAUCAUUUUCAAAAGUUAAAGGGUGAGUUUCUUGUUAAAAAAAACAAAACACUUUUUUGUCAUCGUUAAAACUAUGACCUGACUGUAGAAUAUUAUUCAAAUAAUUGUUGGAAAUGUUUUGCCUCUUAAUUUUUUUUCAAACUAUCAUCACAUCUUGAUAAAAAAACUAGAGAUAGACGGCGUGACUGAAGGUACUGUAUUUAUCAAUCAUUUGCCAUGCAGGCAGCAUGUGGCUGGUAAAUCACCUCUUUUGUUUUUAAUUCAUUUUACAGGUCCUUAAAAAAAAACUCAAAUUCGUGGAAUGUGUAUUUUGUGACCUUCCAAUCACAAAUUGUAAUGUUUUGUUAAGAUUUUAUGUAAUAGACCAACACGAAGCAUUUAAUUGUGAAUUGUAAUGGAAGUGAUUGACAUUUUUCAAUAAAUUUAGCAAAUCUAUGUCUGAAAA